GCAUGUAAUUGCUCAACAUGGCGUCUGCAGAUGGUGCGCCUGGUGGUUAUGAAGCGGAGUUUGUAAAGCCACUGGAGAAAGAUCUAGAGUGUUCCAUCUGCUUGCUUGCUCUCAGAGAGCCUCUACAGACUCCGUGCGGUCACCUCAUGUGCAAAAGCUGUGUGGACAAAAUCACAAAAGAUGGAAAGUUUAAAUGUUCACUGGAUAACAAGGUGGAGAAGAGAAGUGAGGCUUUUUUGGAUAAAUUCCACGAGCGUAAAGUUCUUGGUCUUAAAGUGAAGUGCAACAACCGUGGAGAUGGAUGUGCAUGGAUUGGAGAGUUGCGUGAUCUGCAGAAACACGCAGAUGAUGGAUGUGAUUUUGCUCAAGUUUAUUGUGAAUUUCUGUCUGUUGGAUGUUCUCACAAGAUGAAGAAGAAAGAUGUUGGAGAUCAUAAAGACAAGUGCAGCAAAGAGCAUUUAGAUUUGGUCCUAAAGAAAGUUGAUGAUCUGAAUGCCCGGCUGCAAUGUAAACCCUGCAAGUUCAUGUGGAGAAUAGAGAACUGGAGCAAAACCCUUGAAAAUGCCAAAAUGAAAAAAGAAACAGUAUUGCAUAGCAGUGCCUUCUACACUAAUUAUCCGGGAUACAAAUUAUGCAUGUGUAUCUACCCUGAUGAUCGUGGAAGCGGUUAUGUGGGUGUGUAUCUAGUCAUCAUGAAAGGUGACUUUGAUCAUCAAUUGCAGUGGCCGUUUUCUUAUUCCUAUAGACUAACUGUCAUUGACCAGCAGCCUGAUGGAAACGAUAAGAGCUGGCUGGCGAAUCCAACAAAGGAAGGAGCAGAUGUACAGGUGAACUUUGCGAGAAAAACUUUUGAAACAUUGUCAGGAUGGGGGAAUGCUAAAAUUAUUAGUCACUUGGAUUUGACAAAGCAGGCUUACAUCAGAGAUGACUCUCUCCUUGUAAGUGCAGAAAUUCUGAUCUGAAAAUGAGACAUCAAUAUUGUUGGAUUCUACCAUCAGCUCACUGCAAGCGUGUAGUUGUUAUACAACAAACUUAAUUAAGUCGUGCACAGUUUAUGUGCUAAACAUGCUUUUUCAUGGGUAUAUGUCAUUAGCAUUAUUGUGUGCAGAUUGUUUCCUAGUUGUAAUGUGGAGAGUUGCUGCUGAGAUACUAGCUACUACGUAUACUGACUGCGUUCAGUUUGUGCAAUAUGUUCUACUCAAUUGUCAUGUUUUGAAAAGUACAUUCAUUGCCACAUACUCUCGUGAUUGUUCUUCAGCUUGUUCACCUUCUACAGCACAGCUGAGGAACACCUA